AUGUCGGACGAGGAGCAUCACUUUGAAUCCAAGGCCGACGCCGGAGCUUCGAAGACUUACCCCCAGCAGGCUGGUACCAUCCGCAAGAACGGUUACAUCGUCAUCAAGAACAGGCCUUGCAAGGUUGUUGAAGUGUCAACUUCCAAGACUGGCAAGCACGGUCACGCGAAAUGUCACUUUGUGGGGAUUGAUAUCUUCAAUGGGAAGAAGCUCGAAGAUAUUGUUCCGUCUUCCCAUAACUGUGACGUUCCCCAUGUCAACCGUACUGACUACCAGCUCAUUGAUAUCUCCGAGGAUGGAUUUGUUAGCCUGCUGACCGAUAGUGGUGACACCAAGGAUGACCUCAGGCUUCCAACUGAUGAGAAUCUCCUUAAGCAGAUCAAGGAUGGAUUUGGUGAGGGAAAAGACUUGGUUGUCUCAGUGAUGAAUUCCAUGGGAGAGGAGCAGAUUUGCGCCCUCAAGGACAUUGGCCCCAAGUAG